AUGUUUUCUGAAGCAGAAACAUGGAAACAUGGACUGUAACAUGGAUUUGUAAUCUUAUCACUCGGUGCUUCCACUCCCUUGUUUGGGAGAGCUGUGCUGAGCCUUAUCGAUAACCUAGCUGGUGUUUCAGUUCUUUUAGCUGUAUAUAAAGUUUUUUUUAUCUUUGUUGUUAUAAUUAUUCAUGGGGGGAAAUCUCUAAGAAUCUCUCCAAUCACCCUGAUUUUAUUUUUGCAAGAAUAAAAACAACGGGUUUUCGAGUACCGUAGCCUUUUUAACCCGGGUCCAAGCUGGGAAAAUGGAGGCUGUUAUGGAAAAGGAAUGCAGUGCGCUUGGAGGACUUUUUCAAACCGUCAUCAGCGAUAUGAAGAGCAGCUAUCCAAUCUGGGAGGACUUCAUUAACAAGGCAGGAAAACUUCAGUCGCAGCUCAGGACUACAGUAGUUGCAGCUGCGGCCUUCCUGGACGCCUUUCAGAAAGUGGCGGACCUGGCUACCAGCACACGAGGGGGCACAAGAGACAUUGGAUCUGCUCUCACAAGGAUGUGCAUGAGACACAGAAGUAUCGAAGCCAAGCUUCGCCAGUUCUCUGCGGCUUUCAUCGACUGCAUGAUUAACCCACUUCAGGACCAGAUGGAAGAAUGGAAGAAGGUGGCCAACAUGCUGGAUAAGGACCACGCAAAAGAAUACAAGAAAGCACGUCAGGAGAUCAAAAAGAAAUCCUCAGACACCUUAAAGCUCCAGAAGAAGGCAAAGAAAGGGAGAGGGGAUAUCCAGCCCCAGCUGGAUAGCGCCAUGCAAGAUGUGAACGACAAGUACCUGCUGUUGGAGGAGACAGAGAAGCAGGCCGUGAGGAAAGCACUCAUUGAGGAGCGGGCACGCUUCUGUGCCUUUGUCUCCAUGCUCCGUCCCGUCGUGGAGGAGGAGAUCUCAAUGCUGGGAGAGAUUACUCACCUGCAGACCAUUUCUGAUGACCUGAAGGCGCUGACCAUGGACCCCCACAAACUGCCUCCGGCCAGCGAGCAGGUUAUUAUUGAUCUAAAAGGUUCUGACUACAAGUGGUCCUAUCAAACACCACCGUCCUCUCCAAGUACCACGAUGUCCAGGAAGUCCAGCGUGUGCAGCAGUCUGAACAGCGUUAACAGUAGCGACUCCAGGUCGAGCGGGUCGCACUCUCACUCACCCACUUCACACUAUCGCUACCGCAGCUCCACACUCCCCCAGCAGGCCCCCGUCCGGCUCUCCAGCGUGUCGUCCCACGACUCGGGCUUCAUCUCUCAGGACGCCUUCCAGUCCAAAUCGCCCUCCCCCAUGCCCCCAGAGAACAUCCCGCAGACCUCCUCCAGCUCGGCCUCCUCCGACGCCUCUGAGACCUGCCAGUCCAUGAGCGAGUGCAGCUCUCCAACUUCCGUCAGCUCCGGCUCCACGAUGGGCGGGGCCUGGGCUUCGGCCGAAAAGUUGUCAGAGGGGUACGAUCACUACAGCCUGUGCACUGAUCCACCCUUCCUGGCUGCCACUGGCUCUGCGGGCCAGUUCCCCUUUCUCCCCCCAUCCUCUUCCCGGUCUGGGACACGGCCAGGCUGGGCCCUGCUCCCUGAUUACCCCCAUUAUUGCACUCUGGGCCCCGGCAUGCUCCUUUCAUCCAAGAUCCCCAGCUGGAAGGACUGGGCGAAACCAGGGCCCUAUGAUCAGCCCAUGGUGAACACCUUACAGAGACGCAAAGAGAAGCGUGAAGCAGCUGAUGCUGGUGCCCCAGCUGCACACACAGGUGGGCAGACAACUCCUGUGGAUGAUUCCCAGAGACCCAGGAGUAUGGCUGUGUCUACCAAGGGCGAGGAGAUGGAGGCUCAUGAGGAACUGGCUCUGGUUCUGACCCGUGGGCUUCAGUUGGAUACCCAGCGCUCGAGCCGGGACUCCCUGCAGUGCUCCAGUGGCUAUAGCACCCAGACCACCACACCCUGCUGCUCUGAGGACACUAUCCCUUCACAAGUGUCAGAUUAUGACUACUUCUCAGUCAGUGAGGACCAGGAGGUAGAGCAGCAGGAUUUCGACAAGUCCUCCACCAUCCCGCGCAACAGCGACAUUAGCCAGUCCUACCGCAAGAUGUUCCAGGCCAAGCGGCCCGCCUCCACUGCUGGCAUCCCCUCCAACGCAGGACCAGUCAUGGUCACCCCAGGAGUGGCCACCAUCCGCCGGACCCCCUCUACUAAGCCCUCAGUGCGCCGCGCCACAGUAGGCGCCGGCCCCAUCCCCAUCAAGACUCCCGUGAUUCCAGUGAAGACGCCCACCGUGCCCGACGUGCCAGGGGGGUUUCCCAGCAGCCUCGGGGUUAGCAGUGGGGAGGGCAUAGAGCAAGUGACCACCCCAGAGUCCCCCAUGGCACCAGUGGUGGUGGAGGGCGAGCCGGGGGGAGGCGUGGUGGUUUCGUCCUGGAGUGGCAAGGCAUCCAUUAACCCCCCCGUCCCUCCCCCACAGCCCAGCAGUGGCGUCGAGUUCAACAGCGGCAUCAAGCAGGCCACGCCAGGGGAAGAGACCCUGUCUGAAGACAGCGCCCAGGACACAGCCUUGCCCGACGUUCAGGGUGACAACAUGCUCCUUGCCAUCCGGCGUGGGGUCAAACUGAAAAAGACGACAACCAACGACCGCUCUGCGCCCCGCAUUGCGUAAAUGAACAUUCCCCGCGCCACCGAUUGAAUAUUAUACUGCUUUCCAACAGGGCCAGCUGAGGCUGUGUCCAUUCCAGUAAUCAUCUGAAAAAAAUCUGUUUUUUGAAGAUUAGGUGUUGCAGAUUGGGGAGAAGGGAAGGCAAGAUACUGAAUAUUUUAGAAAUGUUAAAAACAGGCAUCCAUUUUUGUUCUUUUAAUUUUGUAUAUAAGUUUUUUCAUCUUUAGCAAUCAUUUAUGUUGAUCCCUUCUUCUCUUGCUCCUUUUCCUGAUGAACCUGAAGGUGCCAAAUUCUUCUUGAAAGUGUUGAAAUGACUGAGUUUAAUUUAAUUUCAACAGAUGGAAUUUAUUGUGAAUUUUUACAGUAUAUUGUAAAAGAUCUGAGACUACAGCCUACAUGGCGGGGUGUGAACUAUGAUUUUUUUUUAAUGAUUGUACUUGAGUAGUAAGCAAUCUUUUUUAAAGUUUUAGAAGGGUACUCUUUUUGAGAAGUGAUGCACGUAACCAGCUAACAGUAAGCAAUACUCUGCAGGUGAAACCUGGCUUUGAUGCUGUAUAUUUUGAAAAAUGUGUCAUGGCAAAACAGGAUGCUGUUAAGAAAAUAAAAAUUUGAAAUUAUGACAGACCUGGAAGGAAAGACAUUAGCCAAUGGCUUGUCUGUAAACAGUUUCCUUUUCUGUUUUAAAUCUGAUGCCAGAUUAUGGCAUUUAAUUUUUGUAGCCUAUACAGAGUUUUGUGUUACGUUUGUUGGUUUUCUCUUCACUCUGUACACUAAACAAUGGAUCAUAUUGCAUGCGGCCUUAAUUCCGUAAGCUGAGGAUAAUGUAUGAUCAGGCUGAAUAUCAUAUCACAUCUCUUUAUUCUUCUGAGGAAACCGUAUACUUUGUAGAAACUAAAGCAUUUUGAAAUGAUACACAUAUAUAUAUAGAAGUAAUGAUAAAAAUAUUUUUUGGUAUUUUGUAAGACCCAGGUUUGGUAUAAUUUCGGCAUAAGCACUGAAAUCACUGUUGGAAGGAGCAGUAGCCGUGAAACUCAUAAAUUCAUGUCAAAUUGUAAAUAUAACUAGAAAUGGAAAUCCAGGGGCUUUAUUUAUUGUUUUUACAUUUAUUUUUGUAUUCUUCUAAACUGAAACAUAUUGGCUCAUAAAUUUGCCUUAAAUUAGUUUUAAUGCUAGAUAUAUACUAUUUGUACAGUAUUGUUGAGGUAUAUCACAGGUGACAGAAAAGCAUACCCAGACCCUGUGAUUCUCUCUUCACUUCUUGUAUUUAUCAGUAUAAACCCCCUUUUCCCUGUGACUGCACAGUUUGGGUUAGGUUAGAAGACCUGAUGUGGCUGACUUUCACAUUCUAAAGGUAAGGGUGAAAUCCAGAAUCAUAAUUCAUUAAUAUUACAGUUGUUUUCUGAGUUAUUUUCUAUGCUUCUUUAGUUGAAGCAUAGACAUUUGCAAAGCAGCCUAGCUAUGCUAUUUAACCUUCAUUUUCCAAAUAUUUAACAUUUCUGACAAACAUAGAACUAAAACAUGCCACUCAACAUUGUUCAUCACUCACCCUUGUAAGCUCAGAGUGGCUAACUUUAGCCUCUGGUUGAUAAUAGACUGAUAAACCGAUAACAGGUCAUUAUUUAAGACCGUAACAUGUUCUAUUGUAAUAGUGCUUUCUUGGCCCAUUUCAAAACACACCUAAAGUAUUGUUUUCUGUGCAGAGCGUUUCAAUAGUAUUCUAAUACUUUCAGACAAAAGCUUGACCUGACACCUGAAAUGUUUAAUAAAGCCCUACGAUGUUUAAGGAUCUGGGUGAUGCUUUUGCAAUAGUCAAAAUAUUCCACAGAAUUGUUCUUUGAAAUCACCUUGAGUCAAUAAUUUGUUUCCUUAAUGCACUGGACCACAUCAUUGAAGCAGUGCUGUGGAGUCUGACAUAAAAGAACCACUUGCCCUAAAACAGGAAAGCUCAGAAGAACCAGGUUACUUCCAUCAUGUGCUAUGUUCGGCAUUAUGAGGGUACUAGCAUCUCAUUGUGAAGCUGUGUACUAGGAUCUUAGUGUAAGCCACUGGUCAACAAGAGAUGAAAGCAGUGUUACUGAAGCAGUCUGCAGAGUUCUCGAAACAAUGUGUGAAGAUGCUCCCUUUGAGUAGAUGUUAACUGGGAAGAUCACGUGAACAUUUUUUUAAAAAGUACAAAGCAUUUCAGAUAGUGCAGUUUAUUUGCAGCUAAAUGUCUAUUCUCUAAGAUAAAUUCUUUAGUCUCUUGAGAAACUGCACAUCACUUACUGAUGCCUUCCCAAGAUUUGAUAUCCACUAUUGAACUUGAACAGGUGUUUAUCGUCAUGGAAAUCAGCUGGACUGUGUUCAAAGCCAGUAAAUGUGCGUGAAGAAAUAUUAAUUUCACUUUUCAUGUGAUAGCAUUUUUUUUUUCAGUUCUUAUCCAGUUUUGAACCUGCCCUUGGUUUGAAAGGCAAUUUAAGGAAACAGAAGUCUAUUGUAAUUUCUAUAAAGACCUGCUUCCGAAAGAGAAUUCUGAAGUAGUCUAAGUAGCUGAUGCAUUGUGCAUAUGAUGCUAAAACUAUAAGUGGUUACUGUCUCAUAUUACAGAAAUGUUUUGAUAUUGUCAGUGUAGAAACCUUUAGUUGUAUAAUUGCUGUAAUUUUAAGUACAGCUGUUAAUGUUUAGGUAUGUAACUUUGAGCAUAUCACAAUAUAAACAUUUUUAAAAAUUGCCAAAAUUUCUGUGUGAAUGUGUAAGCUGAUUAAAAUAUAAAAAGUAGUUUAAAAGGUUUGUGUUUUUGCAUAUUGUAAAAGCAGACUGUCACACUUUAAUAGACUGUUUCUAAUGGCUUAGAUGCUAGUUCAUGAGAGUUGACCUCUCCCCUGUGCCGUCUUGAGUUCUCAACAGGCUGUAAAUUUGGUCAGUUCCUGUAAUUUGUUUCCCUUUUCUGUGUAAUGAUUGCUUCAGCUUAUGUUAAAGAGAAAUGAUAAAAAAAGUAUUUGUCUUAACCUGCUGUUUGGAACAAAAAAAGGUUUUAAUACUUCUGUUCAUGUUGAUUUGAAUUAGAAUAAUUAUAAAUAAAUUUUUUGUUUCUGUAUCGUUUUAGAAACCCUUUUUUGUGGAUUUGUAUUGAUACAUGAUGUCAAAAGGGUAAUAUUUUUCUCAAGUCACAAAUAAAAUCACAACUUUUGAAGUGUA